AUGCUUUCUCUGAAGAAAUAUUUCACUGAAGGACUCAUCCAGUUCACCAUUCUCCUCAGCUUAAUAGGUGUGAGGGUGGAUGUAGAUACUUAUCUGAACUCGCAUCUUCCCCCUCUGCGAGAGAUCUUUUUGGGCCAGAGUUCUGCUUACACCCAGACACAGUUCCACAACCUGCGGAACACUUUAGAUGGCUAUGUCAUCCAUCCAAAAAGUGUAGAUCUGGACUAUUAUUUCACAGCUCGACGGCUUCUUAACCAGGUGAGGGCCCUGGACAGGUUCCAGGUGCCCACCACAGAAGUCAGUGCCUGGUUGGUACACCGAGAUUCUGAAGGUUCUGUCUCUGGUGCCCAACCCAAUACAGGCAUUGCCCUUGAGAAUGGCAGUGGUUUGCAAGAUGGAACUGUUCCAGACAAUGAAGUGAGGGAAAAUGGAGCAGAACAAGGAUUUGGUGAAGAAUUGGAAGACCUAGGUGCCGUGGCUCCUCCAAUGAAUGGUGAUCUAACCAAAGAGGUAGGUUGUUACUCUCGGGCACAAUCUGUGGACUGGUGUGGUGGGGAAAAGAGAACUAUUUGAGUAUUUAUUUGUGACUUGCAGCUAUAAAAAUGCUACUUAUUGUCAGUAGCUUAAUAUUUCAGUGAUUUGGGUAGGAUACUGGGAAAUUUCUCUUUUUGGUAAGAUGUUUGUUGUUCUGAAAUUAGAACAGUUCUUUUGUUGCAGCUUUCAGGAGGCAUCUCAAUAACACCACCUGCUUAUUUUGCAGCAUUAGGUAAUCUCAAUGCACGUAUCAAAUGGAUAGUGAUUUACUCAGCUCUGGAGUACUUCCAGGAGAUUUUUCUACUUGGUUUUCAAGGGAGCAAUGGGUAAAGCAGGUCUCCUGCUCCGUCCUAGUUUCUAAUUCCAGUGUACAAUGACUGCCUAGUGCCUUCCUUUUCCCACCCCUUACUGUCUCAUAAGGUUUUCCUUAUGAAAGCCUGUUCUGGUUUGACCUGUUUGUAUUGUGCCUUGCUUAGUGAUGAUUUGAAUUAGCUGGCUUGUUUACUUGGAUGCUCAAAUCCCUCUCCCAAACACAGGGUGGAAUGGUCAUGGAGAAUCUCUUCCAGACCACCCUUAAUCCCUGAUACUUUGUGUUGAAAAUGGACAGUAUUACUAGAGCUAGUGGCCAGGCUGGGAGUUGCUGAAACAGCUGCUGUGGCUGCCUUCCGCUCUUGUCAUAUUUUCUCAUCCCUACAAUUGGCAAAAAUAGGCUGAAGGUUUCUGAGAUCUUAUCCUUGGAAACUAAAAGUGAAAUAUCUCAGUUUGCGGGGUUUCCCCUACAGAAGUAGAUAACUGAGAAAUGGAGAAUGACCCACUAAGAUAGGAGUGUGUGUGAGGGUGUGCAUGUGCCUGUGGGGUGCUUGGAACAGGAGAUUGAAGCUAAAGAAUUGAAGGUUUUUUGUUUUGUUCUGGUAAAGCAGGGGAUACUAGGGAGGAGUCUUGUUUGCAUCCUUAAAUACAUCUUUUGUGUUCUGGAUUAUUGUUACAGGAAUGAGGAAGAAGAUGGUUGUACUAGAAUUUCUCAUAUUUUAAGACUGCUACCUUUAAAAUAUACAUUUUAACUACCCAUUAUUGUAAUUUUAAAAAUUAGAAUACUGUGUUGAAAAUUUGAAUAGCAUUUUUUGGUAUAUUUAAAAAGUUCUAUAAAUAGUGACUUGCUGAGAUGUGCAAAGCAAUUUGUAAGGGAAGUGUGCGGGUUGCUGGUACUUUCCCUUGUGUGUGUAUGCACACGUGUACUUUCUAUUGCUAGGGUUACAAUGUAAAAAACACAAAUAUAAGACUAGGGGCUUUUGUGGACAAGGACAAUCAGUAGGCUCUUCAACCAUGAAUCUGAAGACCAACACAAUACUUGUUCACUUGUUCACCCUUAUAAACCCAUGAGGCCCCCAAAGGGUGAACAAGUUUUGUGUUGGUCUCAUGGCAAUGCAAAAGUGGGAGUUACUGAGGCGUGGCUGAUUCUGACUUUGAUCAAGGGGUGUGUGUGUGUGUGUGUGUGUGUAGGACAGGGAUAGAAAUUGUGCAAUACAGAGAAGCUCCUAUUCUGGAGCAGCCUUUAGGGUUAAUUCAUUUUGCUUCCUAUCUUUUUGUGCUGGUCAUGUGUGAUCCGGGGCUGGAAUGGACUUGCCAUGGGUUCAUUAGAAGUAUAUAAUAUUUCAUACUGCACUUAAGUACUUGGAGCACUUCUUGUUCAUAAUGCUACAGCAAUGCAAGGCACCAAGCCAUUUUCCAAUUCCAUAUUGUCAGUUGUGGACUGAGUAAAGUCUGAUUUGCCUUAGUGAAUUGAUAGCUGAGACUAUAUUUGAAUUGGGUGCUUUCCCAUUCAUGGCUCACUUUGUUAAUCACAAUGUUAGACCAAUUAUGUGCUUUCACUACUGAUGUGCAGAUACUGAUCAUGCACAAAACUUCAGGGUCGUGGUGGGGAUAGGGACAUAGUCACUUUGCUUGUAAUGAGGUAGUGAGUCACUCUCCUUUUUUUAGUUGGGCAGAGAACUUAAAUUCAGACACAGGCUACAAUACAGUCUGGAUAUGAGAGAGAUGAUACAAGCUUUGAUGGUCCCCAGCGGCACUUGUCCCCUCCUAAAUGGGAAGUCCCUGAACACCAAAGGAGGACAAAAAGGAAGGGUUUGGUAGACAUGUAGAGUUGUAUAUAUGCACAAUCCCACUAAAUGAACUCUUACGGUAGAGUGCUCAAACUGCCAUAUAAAGGCUACAUAUUUUCUCGUUAUGACAUAUGGUUUUAGUGCUAGUGGUUCACUGGGUGAUGCACAGAUUAGAAGCAGGCUUAGGGUUUGCUUUGGAUGGACAAUACAGGGUUUAUUGGAUAUAGGUGGACAGGUGUUAUGUCUGUAGAGGAGCAGCUUAAGUGAAGAUAAUAUGCUUCAGGAAAGGCAUUGUGAAGGGAGGUUUGGCUCUGGUUUGUGUUUAAGCACUUGCUAGAUGCAACGUGGAUAGAAUUUUCUGAGCUGUUUGCUAUAGUGUUAAGCAGUUGUGACUGCUUAACAAAAACAACCUUAACAUAUUUAUAACAAGGAAAUAAGUUUUUCAGCUGAAGGCCUUCCUAAACGAUCAGGUUCUGGCCAAAUGCCUAAAACACUGAAGUGUUAUAGCAGUAGUGAUUAUUGCAAGGUCAAUUGUGAAUGCCAUGGAGGAUGACGAACAGAAGAAGGGGCUGCCAUGAGCAGUUUUGUGCAUUGUCCAAAGUUCUGAGCAAUAGGUAUGGGAAACCAUGUUCAACUGAUCACACAGCUCUAAAGCUCAUUGGGUGGCUUAUGCAGGUCACCAUCUCUUAGCCUGCCCACUGAUUUUUGAGAAGCUAAAAUGUUUGUCAGAGCUCUUUGGGAGAAAGGCAAUAUAUCCUGUGAUCAGGGUAGCAAUGAGGUUCAGCUAUUAUGGCCCUCAGCCCUGUGAUUAGAGACUUGUUUCUGGAAGAAACCGCAACUUGGACCAUGGAUUUACUGUACAUCAUUGGGCAUAUCUUGCUCUUUUCUACAAAUAAAAUGGGAAUAGUUGCCUGUCUCACAGAGUGGCUAUGAGAGUGAAUAUUAUCGGGAAUACAAAGCAAUUGGUAUGAGUUUUGGAGUCUCUCACUCCCUAUAGAAAAGGAAGGAACAGCAGAAGUAGCAGUGACUUGUGAGUUUGUUGAGAAAGGAGAGGCUUCAGCAACGUGAAGGUUUUUUAUGUGUAGGUGAGCUGUGUAGGACUUUGGUUUAUCCUAUUGUAUCUGCAGAAAUGGUUAUAAAUGCUUUGCAUAUGAAAAUAAGGGCCAGGUGUGAGUAGCAUGAGACCACUUUUGUGUUGUCUAGGGCUUUCCUUUUUUGCAUCAUAAAAUAUCAUGCAACUCCCUAAUGCGUUGCUGAAUUUGUUUUUUAUUUUAAGCCCCAUUUCUCAGCAUAUGUUCUUUGCUCGCUGGAUGCAGUGAGUCUGCUAGGAACCCUAGCUGGCUUAGACUGGAUCCACUGCCGGGAAGAAUUUGGGCUAAUCCAAAUACCAGCUUGUGUGGGAGGUAAGCAUUGCUGCAACCCUCAAAACACUUUACCUCCCUCAUCCCCACGCAUGCAAAUGCCACAAACUGCUUGCUAUGGGGCUACACCUUUUCCUGCAGCAGCUGUACAGCCACUCCCUGCCCAGACAAGCAAAUGUAGUAUCCCCUGAGCUGAUACAUUAUGUAUUUUUUUAACUGUUUGUCUAGAGGUGAUGUGAGAGCUGGGUUUGCUAAGAUUCAGCAUGGAACAUAUGAACUGGUAAUAAAGAGCUUCUGACUCUUCAUUUCACCAUGUGAUAACCACCAGUCAGGCCCUAUCUGAUUACCAAAGGAAUUGUUUUAUUUGUAUUCUGUUAAAAACAUACAAACUCUCAACAUGGCUCAGAACAUAAGAAAACAUUAGGACCAAUCAAUAAAAGCAGUAUAAAAUUUUAAAAUAUGUCCAACCAAUAUAAAAUGCAUACCUUUCUUAUAUGUGUGAUCUUCAGUCACUUCUUUUUUAUAAAUUAUAAUAUGGGACAGCUUGUGAGAUGAGGACUACAUGUCCUGCAGCUCUUCUGUUCUUGGUUCACAGGAUAAUGAAUCACACAACAAAAGGCUAACUCUUCCGAUGGGAAUUUAGCCCUUUGCUGUCUGAUCCACUCCCUGCUGACCAGAAGAAUAUUUCCUUUUCCAAUGACUAUUCAUUCAAAAGUAGUGAGUGAUCCUUUGAAAGCAGGUGUCUGUACCAAUCUAGCACUUCUCACUAGAUGGGUUGGGGAAGAUAUAAUUUCUCCUUGGGCCUAGUCAGUACAGUGGAUGCUUCUGCUUUGCUCUGUCACUGAGUUGUGUAUUUAUCACUGAGAUAAAAAGUUGCUUACCUUAUCCACCAGACCAAUGUCUAGCUUCCAUGACUGCAAUAAUGAGUCUCCUAAGAACCACCCCCCACCUGUAUGCAUAUUCAUGCACUUACCCAAAACUACUUGCUUGUGAUGUGGUGUGUAAUCUUAACUUCAGAGCAAUAUUUUGACUUUGUUUUUCUUUGCUGAGUGACCUGAAGCACUUGCAGGGGAUUUUGAGAUGUUAAGGGGCUUUUUGUGUUAAUAGAGGUAAUGUAGAAGGCAUGCUGUCUGCCUUUGAGUAGUGUUGCAUUAGUGGGAUUUUUUUUCCAUCUUCUGCCAUCUACUUAGAAACACUGUGGCAUUUUAAAAGUAUCACAAGCACAAGACAUGCUCCUAGGAGCUUUUCUAUCCAGCCACAGCAAUUUGAUUUUCAAAGUUUAUUGAGUGGGUAGAAUAGACACUCUAAUGCUUGGAGAUUAAUUCUGUGGAUAAGUUAUUUCCAUAUCUGGGAAUUGGGAAGAUGGCCUGUUCUGGACAGGGUUGUGCUUCCUCUGAUGGAGUUGGGUGCAUGGUGUGGGAUGCUCUCGGAUUCAUCUCCAUCACCGGAAGCACCUUUUUUGCUAGCUUGUUCCUGGAAAGAGAGCCUGACCACAGUGAUCCAUGCUCUGGUAACCUGUAGAUUUGAAUUCUAUAAUGUGCUCUAUAUGAGGUGGUUUGGGAGCUGCAGCCAGCAUUUGAAAUUAGCCAGGCGCUAGUCUCAUUUUGCAACUAGCAACCAGCUUUUUGCAACUGGAUGGAGAUAUCCAGGUGCCACCUCUUGACUCCUAGCAUCUCCACCUGCUUGGCUGCAGUCAGCUGGUCUGCUGGGUACUGCAGCAGCAAAAUUGGUGUCUUUUGGUGCCGUGCUACCCUGCAGACUACCCAAUUUGCCUGGCAGCAAAAAUAAGUAAAGUUUAAAAAAAAAUUUGCUGCUGGGUGAAUCAGGUGGUCUGCAGGGUACUGCGGCAGCAAAAGACACCCUUUUCAGCGGUGGCUCCCUGGCUUUGGAAUUCCCUCCCUCUUGAAAUCUGGUUGGCACCAACAUUGGUAGGUGUUUGGCACUAGCUAAAAACUUAUCUUUUUAAAAAGUGGAUUCUUGAUGUAUUAGGCAACUGACUUUUUUUGUACUGAUAGGCCAUAUAAUGUGUAGUUGUUUUUACUAGAAUUGUUGUGUUGUUCGUUUGAUAUACCCUUCCUUGGGAUCACUUGUUUGAUGAAUAGCGGGUUAAAAAUGACAUGGAUUCAUUUAUGUAUUAUAGCCACUGUUUGUUUAAAACUGGGGCAGAUUUACUAAAUAAGAACGUUUGUGUCUGUCUUCUGAUUUGUAAUCAAAGUAUGGAUUUUUCUUGUUACUCUUUAAUAGAGCUUUCCCCUACUUCUCCUUGGUGUCCAAGGUUUGUGUUGUUUUACAUGGGAUAUUGUCUUUAGAUUCUGCCUAGUUUCUUAUUUUAGCAGCUGCUACAUGAAUGACUUUAUCUUAGUCUUCACUUCCCACCUUUGUGGAAACACACAGCCUGUUGCUGUUAGCUAGAAGUGGCUCUAAAAAUGUGAGUACUGGGAUUAAAGCUUGCCUAAAACUUGUCUGCUCUGGAAAGCUCUUCCUCUCUUCCUUGCUGUGUUUUGGUUUGGGGUUGAUUAUGAAAUAGUGAAAUAAAGGUACUCUGCACAUGCUCAGAAGCAGUUUAUAGAUACUCCAUGCUGAGCCUUGCCUCAAGGUAAGAACUCGUUUCUUACUGAAUGCUGCCCAUGACUGGAGCCAAAGGUUAAAGGGGGGGAAUUGUAAAAGUAUGAAGUAUCUUUCCAAGUUCUUUGUGUACAAUAAUGUCUCAGUAAUCCUUAUAUCAAGAUGUCAGAAUAAUAACAUCUGGCAUAUCACAAGCUGGUUGCUGAGACUGAAAAGAAAGUGACUUGUGUGAAGCUGCUUAGAGGGUUCAUAGUAUAGAAAAUGAACUGGGGACUUCCAACUCACUCUUUGUGUUCUUAAUAUUAUGUCACACCAGAUCAGUAUGCUGAGAAACGCUUUUGUAGAAAUACCUGGUAUCCUGGAGCAUCCUUGUUAGUCUAAGUAAUGUAGUAUUUUGAUUCCGUAUUAAUUUCAAGUAUCUUGAAAUAAUUUUUUUUAAGCAAAUGUGUUUGGGAAAUCCACACUCCCAAGUGAGUCAUAAGCUAUGGAUGAAAGAGAUUGUGUAGAUUACAUUUAUAUGCUUUUUGGAACAUCAUCCACCUUGUCAUCUGAGCUCCAGCAUUGUUCCAGUGGAUCAGAGUGCCAAGCCUUGUGCUUUAGAUUGUUGAGUGGGGUGGCUCUUCAGCUGUAACAGCUUUCAUACCAAACUUGUUCUUUCAUCCCUGCAAGGCCAUAUAGAGUUCUUACGGCUGUCUUGUAUUAUUGGCCUUGGCUGUCAGUGCUUGUUUUUCAACUUUGUCCUAGAAUGGGGUGCUUUGGUUGCCCCAGCUCAUUAGCUGUGGAUGUUGUAGAUUAUAGACAAAAAACUUCAUUGAAAUUUGCCUGUAGGGGACUAUAGGAACAUAGGAAACGGCCUUACUGAAUUAGGCCCUUGGUCCAUCUAGCUCAGUAUUGACUACACUGACUGGCAGUGGCUCUCUGGGGUUUCAGGCAGGGGUCUCUUCCCAUUCUAUGUGGAAAUGCCAGGGAAUUUACCUGAGACCUUCGGCAUGCAAAGCAGAGUCUAUGACCCCUCCCCAAAUACUUGCAUUCUGCCUGCCUGAAACUUUCCAUUAAGCUUGCUGCCUCCUCAGUUAUCUGCCCUCUUGCCUGGUCUGGUAUCCUUGCACCUGAUUUCAUCAGACAUGAUCCUUCAAGAUUGCUCCUGUUCAUGCCCUGGCUAGUCUUGUUCAGUCAUUUUCUAUAAAUGCAACAGAGAGUUGGGCAGCUGUGAUUUCCCUGGUCUCUGGCAAGGUUUUGGAAUUGGGUGAGAGUGAGGGAUGCUUGUACAAUGGUACCUCUAGUUGCGUGCACCUCUGGAUAUGUAUCCUUCAGGUUAUGUAUGCGGCAAACCCAGAAGUAUUUUUGCAGGUUUCACCGUGCGCGCAUGCGCAGAACAGACACCUCCAGUUGCGAAAACCUUGGGAUCCGACCGGACUUCUGGAACGGAUCCUGUCUGCAACCAGAGGUACCACUGUAUUUAGGAGUCCAGAGUUUUGAUGCCUGCUGUGCAAGGAUUCAAGAACAGUGCUUGUAAAGUGACAGAGUUUGCUGUUAAUUUCUCUAGUAUUUUUCCUACUUUAUGAUUCUAUAGGCUUGAGUUGUGUAGGCAGCUUGAUCUUCUAGAAGGACUUGUUCUCUGGAUUAUGGUGCCCUUGUAUUAUAUUUCCACAACAAGGGUAUAAAAAUAAAUGCCCAGCUCAGGCAACAUGUGAUGAGAGCUGAGAGAGUUAGUAUUAUUCCAUCGUGACCCACUCCCACCCCAAGCCUGUCUCUACUCUGGCAACAUAUGGAGAGGAUCUCCUUACCCUUUGCUCUGUCUCCCCCCUCCCCCUGAAUGCUGGGGGAGUUACAAUUCCUGUAAACAUGGGCCAGUUGAGAACAUACUGUUUUCCUCAAACCUUAAGAGGUGAAGGGAAGGGUUCCCCCCUCCCCUUUCCAGACAUGAGGGCUAAUGGAGUUUACAGGAACUAUUCUAGUAUGUGCACAGACAUUUUUCAGUGUGAGACUAGACUGCUGGUCUUCUGAACCUGGGCACUCUAGAACAAGACUGGACUGUUCAGAGCAGACUUGCAUAAAGUAGGCACUGCAAAACAGGCACAGGACUUCAAAGCUGCUGAGCAGCAUUCUUAUUAGGACACAGCAGACUCCUGUAAGAUUAUACAUUGCUUCUGAAAAUGGCUGCUGUCUGCUAGUAAGAAUGCAGCUCAGCACCCUUUAGCCUUGUCUCUGUGCUUCAUUGCAUAUUUUAGCAUUGCCCUUGCUGCUUUUCCAGGCUGGUUUUAGGUUAUCUUCAUUGGGCAGCUACUGUGCCCCAAGGUGCUUAACGAGAGGCUUACUUACUAACUCCUAACUUGCCCACAGUGCCACCUCUCCCUGUUUCUGGCUCACUGUGAUAUUAUAAUUAUCAUACAAUUAUAAUAAUUUCUGUCUCACUAUUUCUACAGCCUGGGACUCAAAGCGGCGCUUACACAGAUAAAAUAGAACAAGCUAAAAACAUAGAAAAGACAAUAAUUAAAAUGUAAUUAAACACUAAUUGGGUGCAUCCACCCUUUAGCAUGCACCACCAAUAGUGGGAGCAUUUUCUGCUAUGAUUUGCUUGCCACCAAGCAAGCAGGCAGUGAUGCCUGAUAGGAACAGCAGCUGCCACUGCUUACUUGCCUGCCUUCUCCCACUUACGAUGGCAGCAGCAAGCAGUGACCACUGCUCCACUGCCUACUCACUGGAUGGCACGUGGAGGGGGGAGGAAGAAGAAGCCACUGUCCAUUAUGGUGACUUACCACGUGGAGGCAGGGUGGGUGAGCAGGGUCGUUUCACCAAAUGGUUUGCUAUCAAUAGUCCCUCAAAGGCUGGAGCCUGCCCCAAAUGUCUUUUCUUGCUAUUCAAAGUGUUAGGAUUUGGGCUUGAUUCAUGUUACCUUGGUCUGCAUCUCUGAUCCAUCUGAGCCUUUCGUUCUCUGUACUUUUAGUUCAGGCAUAGGCAAACUCAGCCCUCCAGAUGUUUUGGGACCACAACUCCCAUCAUCCGUAGCUAACAGGACCAGUGGUCAGGGAUGAUGGGAGUUGUAAUCCCAAAACAUCCGGAGGGCCGAGUUUGCCUAUGCCUGUUUUAGUUCAAGUUCUAUCUUUAAUACUGCUAUAAGCCUCUUUCCCACCCCCACCCCUCAAAAAGUGAUUUAUUACUUAGUCUGAGCCAGAGGCUUAAGGUGAACUAUAGUAUUCACAUACAAAUCUCAAAUCUGUAAGAUCCAGCUCUCCAGGGAAAUGUUUCUCCCCUGCCUCCUAGACCACCUCCCCAUAAUGUUGGCAGUGGCAGAAACAAGAAUGCUGUCGAUAUUGGAGUGGACACCUUGAUGAGGAUGCAAAUUGUCCCCUUCCCAAUCAUCCAGCUGGCCACUUGAGCUAGGAGGGGGUAGUUAGAUCUUCAUGGCUCAGCUGAAGGGCAGAGCACUGUGUCUUGUACAUGGGUUUGCCCUGUGUGUAGGUUGUGGUGAAAAGUAUGGUGUUACCACUGGUGUGCAGACCUUGGAGAUCUCACCAAGGGUGAAUGUGGGUCUUGGACCAAGAAAGUUUAGCUACCUCUGGCCUAAAAUAUUUGCAGGUACAGUGGUGCCUCACAAGACGAAAUUAAUUCGUUCUGCGAGUUUUUUCAUCUUGCGAAGCACGGUUUCCAUUUUUUCAAAAAAGUCUUCAAAAACCUCAAAAAGGCUACCACACCGCGUGCUAUGAGUUGCUCCUUGAAGUCAAGUCGCAACUGCACCUCUUCAAGCAAUGCACCCUGUAUUACUGUAACGGUUUUAAGAAAAAGGAAACAAACUUGCAAGACGUUUCCGUCCUGCGAAGCAAGCCCAUAGGGAAAUUCGUCUCGCGAAGCAACUCAAAAAACCAAAAACUCUUUCGUCUUGCGAGUUUCUCAUCUUGCGAGGCAUUCGUCUUGCGAGGUACCACUGUAUGUCACACAAGUCUGUUUCUCUCAAAAAAAAAUAUCGAUACCAGCUCUGUAUAGUAAAGUCAAGUAUUGCACAAUAACUUAAGAUUAAAGUGCACAGAUAUUUUGUUACAUGUUUAUGCAUGCGUGUUAAGAUAGCAGGAAUAGGGCCCCUGAGUAUGUGUUUGCAGAAGUGGCCCCUCGAGGAAUUGGCAAUAGGAGAUGAGAGGUGUGGGACAGACAUGGUCCAGGGGCAGACAUAACUAGGGUAUGGGCAUUUAGUCUCAGAAAGCUGGGGAGCAAGGAGGCUCAAGCUAUCCUACUUUCUUGAAAAGAAAUUAAGGACUGUUUGUAGAAAACUGGCUGGUUGAAAAACACAACUUGCCCACAAACUCUGACACUUUUAUGCCCACUUCUUAUUGCAUCCAGCACAACUUCUCCCUUUCCUUGAGGAGCUGCAGUUGUUCUCCAGUCUCACACUUCUGUUUGUACUCAGGGCCCCCUAAACCUGGGCUCACUUGUGUGAAAGUAGGACCCUUUGCAACCUUUAGGAUUAGGAGGGUUUGAAGAGGUUCCGCCCUGUCAAGUUAAAGGAACAAAAUGCUUGAGCUGUGUUUAUUUUUAACUGUAGCAGAGUAUGUUGCUGUUGUUUUUAGUAAGCUUGUCUUUCCCGGAAUUACAACAUGAAUGCACUGGGACUAGAUCCAUACACAUUAGUUUGGCCUGAACCCUUGGGAAAUAGCCUGACUAUAAAUGCUAUCGCCCAUCGUUCACCACUACCCUGUUUCCUGGCCAAUCUUGUUUGCCUUGACAUGGCUACCAAAAAGCUAACUUUUGUUGGAGAUUAGGCCCCAGAGUCCUGGAGCUCUUCUUCAAGCACCUUUUAAAGCAGUAAAUGCUGCUUCAACAGAACAUACUUUUAAAAGGGGUGGGUCUUAUAACAUCGUCAGUUUUCUUAAGCUGUCAUGUUUAUUGCCCACAUACUGAGUGUUCGCCUGUGCUUACCUUCAUCGUGAUUACAUGUUUAUAUAUGGAUGGCAAACUGGGGUGUAGAAGAUCAAAGAGUUGCCAAAGUUUUCUUCGGAAAUUGUGAUGCAAUGCAUGCAAUACAGUUUUUGAUGUCAUGCUUUGACCUCAGUUUUGUAAUGGGGUGACUUAGGAUGCAGCCCCCUUGGAGUCCACUGAAUGCCAACUUUUUAUUCAUGGUUAUAUAUCUAUAUAUCUAUAUCUGUUCUAUACUCUAUUGACUCUUUCUGCAUCUUGCUUUCCUCCCCUGUUCAUUUUGAAUUAUAUAUAUACAUAGCAGGAUGCCAUUCCCUCACUUUCUUUCCCCAAGACUUGCAUUUAUUUCUCAUCACAUUCAACCAUAAACUUUUCCCCCCUGCUCCCAGGGUGAUCAGGGUGGAUUUAAAAAAAUAAUCAUUUUUUUAAAAAAGUGACUAGAAGUUUAUCUUAAAGAACAACUAGGUUGAUCUGCAUGUUAGCACUAUAGUAUGCCUUUCUACCGAUUUAAUUUUUACCUGCUAGCAUUGGGCCUUGCCUAUAUCUAUAUCUAUGUCUGAAGAGCCAAUUUGAUCAAGUAUGAAUAUUUGCAUUCAGCCUACCAAAGUAUUUGGUAUUUAUUCACCUAAUGAAAAUAACCCAGUAACUAGCAAACCUUACUUCCAUCUUUGUUACUUUGUUUUUGUGAGGCUGAGGUUGGGCCGAAGCAGAGAGGAGGAAUGCUGUAAAUAAGACAACAAAUUUACCCAGUGGUCAGAUUCCUAUAUUUUUAUGCGUAACCUCACAAACUCUCAGGGCUAUUGGUUGUAAGCAAACACUAAAGGGGAAUAUUUUAAAGGCAUUCCCUAUAUAGCUAAAGAAAAACCUACAAACCUUGCUACAAAAUGUAUACAAUGCAAGAUGCAGGACAUGGUUGUAAGAAUCAAAACAGAAUAAACAAUACUCUAUUUAGACAGGAACCAUAGAAUACGUUGGAGCCUCAUCUCUGCAGAAACACCCAGUGUCCUGGCCCUGCCAGGGGGCUGUCAGGCAAGGAAUGUCCAGAGUGAGGAGGUAACUCUUUAUUGUCAAAAGUACACUUACAAGUAGGGAAAAGGCAUGUCUAUCAGUCCUACAUUGCUCAGCUACUCCAAGGUGUGCACCCGAUGAGGCAGUUGCAGUGACAGAGAGGCCUGGCCCCUGACCUCAGCUUAUGUAUCUUCCCCACCCGAGUUGCGCGUAAGCAGCAUGUGAAGACUGCAUCUGCGUGUAACCUGCUUCUGCUCCUCCCUCUUCAAUUCUUGCUUGGUCCUGGGAGACAGUGGAGCAGGAGAGGUGGGGGCAAGAGGAAGAGGUGUGGAAGCCCUUGACCAGGAGUCAGCAAACUUUUUCAGCAGGGGGCCGGUCCCCUGUCCCUCAGACCUUGUGGGGGGCCAGACUAUAACCCCCGACUCUCCCAUCCCUUCUCCACAGUACUGGACGAGCCCUGGUGGCUGCUUACCUUUGUCUUGCGAGUGGCAGGGGCUGGCGGUGGCGGCGGAGGGACGAUGAGUGGCACACGAAAGGGCUCCAGAGAGGGGCUGCUUAAAAGGCUGCUCAAGCACUGCUGACCCUGGCACCAACAAAGCCCAGCCCCCCUCCUCCUCUAGGCAGGGCAGGGAGAAGCCAGGAGGAGGGAGGGAGGGAGGAGGCGCCAGCGCCGGAGCUGCCGUGUGAGGGAGAGGGAAAGAACGCAUGUGCUGGCAAUCCAUGCAGCGAUUCCCAGACCAUCUGCGGGCCGGAUCCAGAAGGCAGUUGGGCCUGAUCUGGCCUACCCAUGCCCUUGACUCUCCACCAGCCUGACCUCUCCCUCCUCCUCCUCAACCUGUUCUUCACUCUCUAAUCCUGCAGCUUAUCCUGCCUGAUUCUCGUCUCCUGUCUGUUAGCGGCUCCCCCAGAUCACUGUUCCCUUCUUCCAAGUUAGUCUCUAGCCCCCCUUCUCCCGGUGGUGCCCACUCCUCAGUAUCCAACCACCACUCCUCAGUGUCCAGCCAGCCCCUGUCACAACAUCAGGUUUGGGUUUGAAGAAUUCCCAGCUUUCCUGGCCACCCAACCUGGGAGAGAUUUCAACUAGCUCAGGAUGUUUCAUAAAUCACUCCUUCUAAAUCCCCUUCUUUUAUUCCCAAUGACAGGGAAAUAGUUUUAUGUAUUUUUUUAAAGAGAAAAUUCCAGAGGGAGUGCAAGUUAAAGCAGUUCAAUCACCUUUGGUUCCCUUCCUCUUUGGAUUGCAGCAUAAACUGUAAAUGAAUAUGGUUUCAUGAUCAAAUGUGCACCAUUAUUUAGGAACUAUAUGAAGAAAUAAUAAUCAUUGAUUUUAAAUCAGCUUGAUUUAAAUCAAACCACCUUGUUGGUGAUUGCAAGCUUGUUUGGGAAAAGUCUAGGUGGAAAUGGGUGGCAAUAUAUUUUGAGGUCAGGGUUUUAAAAAUUCCCACAUAGUGGCUCUAGGCUCUGACUACACAGUGAGCUGAGCACACAUUGUUGACUGACUGUCUGGCCUCUAUGUUGACUACUUUUAGUUAGAGCUGUCAUGAGGUUUUUGUAAGUAAUUUUGGUAUAUGCUUUCACUCUUGUCAUUUAUAAUGUAGAAUGGGGGAAGUGGAACAUGUGUUUGUAGUGUCAGCUCCUCUGUCUUAAAGAAGGAGAUGGGUAAUAAACUAUUUACAGUGUAAUUUUGUACAUGUCUACUUAGAAGUAAGUCCCACUGAAUGUAGUGAAUAAGUGAAUGUAGGAUUACAGACUUAAGUUCCCAUGUGCCAGUAAAAAAUAAAAAAUCAUAUAUGUUCAAAGGACCUGGGAUUUUUCAAUUCCUACUUGAACUAUAUUCUGCAAAAUACAAUGGAGGCAAUUGAAACCACCAGGUUCAGCUGGAUUGAACAGUUAGAACUUCCGCAGCUAACAGAAGAUAGAAUCAACGAGAGCAUUGAAACAUGCAACUUGGGAUGGCCUAUAAUAUAUAAUAUUUUGUGGCAUUAAGAUGCUGCUCUGUUCCAAGUUCUUGCUCUGAAUCUUUGACCUUUAGCCCAUUGCUGUCUUAACUCAUUUCAGAACACAAUGUAGACAGAAUCCUACCUUAUUAAUUUCACUGUAUAGGAUGUAAAUGUGUAAGUAAUAGAAUGGCAGGUAAGGUUAGACUGGACUGUUUGUGGGGGGGAAACAGACAUAGAAGCCACUGGUAACUGUCCUGAUCCAAAUGGAUGGUAUAAAUAUUUCUGAGAGAAAAGGAGCCCUGUUGGAUCAGACCAGUAAAGGUCCGUGGCAGCCUCCAGGGAGGCUACAAGUCUCCCCUGUUUCUUCCUCAGCAGCUGCUUAUGUAUGUAGAGGUUCCAUUUUACUGUCAUGGUUAUUGGGUUUAUUAAUGGCCAUCUUCUAUUAACCUAUCCAAUCCCUUUUUAAAGCUUUCUAAAGCAGUAGCCAGCACAUAAUAAAUAUAAAUAUAAAUAUAAAUAUCCCUUCCAUCUGACUGGGUUGCCCCAGCCACGCUUGUUGCGGCGAAUUCCUUAAAUUGUGUUCUGCGAUAAAGUGAUGUUUAAAAAUCUACUCAUUGAGUUAUUUGUUACACCAGUAGAGGAAAAUACUUCCUCUUUGCUUUCUCCACACUUUGAAUAAUUUAAAAAGUUACUGUCAUGUCCCUUGAUCUUCCUUUUCUAAACUGCCAGUGAAAUCCUAUGCAUGUAAAUACAAUUGAUUAAGAUGGGACUUUUCCUGAGAUAAGAGUGCAUAUUAGAAUCACAGGUUUAAAAGUCUCAAAUGCUUUAGCAUUGGGGAACAUAUGUGAGGUGGCUAUGGAAAAGGGCUGUAUAAAUAUUUUGUGUUUUAUUAUUUGUAGAAUGCUGAUUGCCUGUGUGAGUGGAUGUGGUAGUAGUAGAAUCAUAGAAUCAUUGCAGAGUUGGAAGGGACCCCGAGGGGCAUCUAGUCCAACUCCCUGCAAUGCAGGAAUCCUGGCUACAGCCAGGUGGGCUCGAACCACCAGCCUUCUGGUUAACAGCAAGACGCACUGACCCUCCGCUGUCCUGGCACUCUGUCUGUGUAUGUUAACGCUGUUCUGUAAGAACCCAUAGACCCCCCCCACCAUAUUUGUAAAUGCUCAUUCCUAGGGCUUUGCGUAGUUUGAAGUGUAGUGCAGCAAAAUCUCAGCAGCCGGAGUGGGCUUCAGCAGAGCUUUUCUGGCGGUUGAGGGGCUUCCAUACCCUUCCGUGCUGCCAUAAAACAAAAGUGUGGGGGUGGGGAUGAAAUCUGUGCUGAUACGGAAGAGGGAACUUUUGGUAAUCUCCGGCAGGUUGGGGAAAAUGUUCUAGGCAAGGGUGCUGCCUAGCAGGACUGAUUUUGGUAGGUGAUAUGCAAGAGCGAAGGAAUGUUGUCGGCAUUUUAUUCUUUUCGGUGUUCCCCGAACCGCUGGGAGCAUCACUGCCUGGCUUGGGUGGGGCAUCUUGGCGUGGGAGCUUCUCAAGGAGACAGAGGCCCAAACAUUGCUGCAGCUCCCAGGGCGACCUGGGCGGGGUGGAAGAGAGGAGCAGCAAUUGGCUCUCCUCUUCGCAUUCUAGGUGACGAGUGCGAGGAGGAGCCCUUUCCUCUGCAUCCUCAGCAGGGACCUGAGGCCUGGGAUUGGUUCUUUCUGCAGCCUAGGUAACCAGCACAGGGCGGAGCCUGGCUCCCUCUGCAUCCUCCGCGGUGACCUGGGGGAGGGGAUUGGCUCCGGCUGCAGCCUAGGUAACGGGGUGUGUGGUGGUGGGGGGUGUUGUCUCAGUCUCGCUGCAGCCUCAGCCCGGCACAUGGGGUGGGGAUUCCAUAUCUGCAGCCUGGGCAUUGAGCAGGGGGUGGGGAUUCGCCGGAACUCCUCUAAGCAACAAGAGGAGGAGCGCUGAGGAUUGGAUCUCAUGCUGGGGCGGAGGGAGGAGGGCUGGCGAUAGCACAGCACCUGUGGGUCACAUGCUGGCAAAGGAGGGGGGCUUCUAAACAACUCGGGGGCGGCUGGCAAGCCUGCCAAAAAAGAAAAGAAAAAAAGAGCAACUGUUAACUGAAACCAGAGAUGUCUGUCCAGCACCCUGCCUGGGUCACCCAGCUCUGCCUGCCCGGAAUUUGCGCUCUACAUAGACCAUGAUCUGGGUGGACAGCUCUGGGAGCGGCAGCUGGGGACAUGAGAAAGGUAUCCCUUUUAACCCUUUUCUUGCCCCUCCUUCAUGCCUGCUAUUAGAUUGUGGCUAGAGCAGGCCAGAUCUCUUCCCACCAGGCACCUUGGAGCUAAUAAAUCUGUAGGGGGGGAAGGAUGUGUUAUAUCGACUUGAGGAGGGAGAGGCUCUGAGAACAAGAGGAAAUGGGUUGUGUGAGAAAUGAAUGUCCUGAAGUGGGGGAGGGUGAGCAGAGUCUUGGAAUGGGGGGGGGGGUACAUCUGGGAAGAAGCAGAUGGUCGAAAUGAGGGUGAGGGGGUGCAGACCAAAGACGCCUUUGGCCCAUAUGGGUAUCCUGGCCUGUUUACUGAAAGAUGCAGGUGGGGGGGGGGCAGAGAUGGGUACCUUGCUGGCAUAUCUCUUUGCCCACACCAUCAGAUUGCCCCGAGACCUGAGAAAUCUUCUGUGUGUAACUGGACAAGGCAUCCAUCCAGAUUGUAUUAUUUAAUUUGAACGGGUUUCUCGUGUUAAAGGGCACACUGCAGGAGAAUAACAAAGUUGGGUUUGGUCAAGGUACCCAUUAUGUGAGAUGGGGAAGAGGGUUGUCUAAACUUGUUUUAGUUAAUUUGGGGUGAAUUCAAGAAGUGGGGGGGGGGGAGGAAAGGUGAUCCAAAUAGUGCCUCCGACAAAUUUGGCCCUGAAAGAGCAUUUGAUUCUGCUGGGGUGAGGAUAGUGAGAGUCCAUAGCAGAACAGGAUUGGCAGUUACAGAAGAGACUGAUUUGUAAGGAGGUCCUGAAAUAUUUGACCAGUGAUUGAAGCUGAUACCAGAAUUUGCAUAUUCAAUUUAGAGCUAUUAUUGACAGGAGGAAAAUUCUGAAUAGUGUUGCAACACAGAGCAACCUUAUACUCUGACAUUGGGGGUAGGAGGGUAAGGGGAAAUCACGACACUUUUCUGCUUUCUUUUUGGUAGUGCUCUGAAAAAGAGGGCACUUUACUCUGCUGAGUUCUUGUCUGGGAGAAAGAAACAGCAACUUAAAAAUUAGUGUCUCUGGCAGCCUGAAUUCUGGAUCCAUAUGUAACCUCUGUACAUAGUAGCAUAGUAGUUUGGGGUGGGUGGGUAUCUGUUUUCCUUAGGAAAUAGGUUUGUGGAGGGUGGGGCCAGAAGCGCUGGCUGACAGUGGCGCUUAAAAAACUGCAUAUGCCUUGUAACAAAAAAGAACAACCGCCUGUGCCACAGGGUGGGGAGGUACCUCUGUGUGUUUGGCAAUUCUAGGGCUGGGCCUGGAUGAAAGGAACACACUCCUGCAGUGCAUGAAUAAAUAUAGCCUGCCUGUGGGGGGUGGCUUAGCCUUGGGAGAGGCCUGUCCUGCAGAGGAAGAAUUUUCAGGAUAUUGUGGGGGAAGGGAGAUGGCAUUCCAAAGGAGAAGCAUGUCUAGAGUCUGGUCUGGAUGAGGGCUGAUCACUGCUUUGCAGCUGGAAGAAGGCAGUGUGUUUUGGAUGUGUUCAGCAGGGCAAUUUGCUUUCAGUUUGAAGGGCUGGUUAAGGUAGGCAGCUCUGCUGUCUGGAGCAGAGGGAGCUGGCCAGGCAGAGCACGCAUGGCAAAGCCGGGUUCUUGAGUUGCAUCAGGUGGCUGAAAAUGCAGAGAAUCCCCACCCCUUUAUGCAAAUAGCCAGAAUGGCACCACAGGCUGAUGCAAGCCCGCUAUGGAGCAGCAAUCCAGAAUGACAAUUGGCCCUCCCUUCCCUCCCUCCUUCCUCCCCUCCCUCCGCCUGCCAGCCAGCCAGCCGUCUGAGCAGUUAAAGCUGCAGACUCCCUGCUGCCUGGACAGAGCGAGCACUGCUGCGUAGCAUGGGCAGCGGCAAGGAGACAGCUCUGUUGCUGUUCAUGGAGUUCCCGGUCUGUGCCCCGGAGCAGCCUCGUUGCAGAGCCGCUCUUGGCCAGCUCCCAGCGCAGAAUGGCUGUAGGUGGGGGGAAGGUAUCUGGAGCCCCACGACAUCAGGGAUGGUCCAGAAAAGGAGCAGGAAAGGUGGGGCUGCACCAUAUUCAGAAUGAAGGGCGGCACUUGGAGGUGAGUAGGGUCAAAUGGUGGCGGAUGCAGUACGUCACAAGGGAGGGUGAAGUUGCAGGGGAGGGCAUCCUCCAGGGAAAAGAGGGUGGCAAGGAAGGGAGAAGCCUUAUUACGAGUUUUUUAAGUCCCCCCUUGUUUUUCUUUUGUUUUUAGGACAUUGAUUUAAUUGACAUCCUGUGGAGACAGGAUAUCGACCUUGGAGCUGGGCGUGAGAUUUUUGACUACAGCCACCGCCAGAAGGAGAACGAAGUGGACAAAGAACCAAAUAAUGGGGAGGAGUGUGGGGAUGGCUGGAGGAGCAGAGGGGGCGAUGUCGCUGACAGGGCCUUGCUAGUGGAUGGCGAGACAGGGGAAAGCUUUCCUGCGCAGGUAAAAAAACAAGAAGUCAACUCCCUAGUUGGGUAGGACAGUUUUCUUAUCCACCAUCCUGGGAUUGUUCUUUGUAGCUGUUCAGUAGAGGAAAGUCUGCUGCUCCCUCUCACUGCAUGCUUGGGUAGGCCUUGGGAAGAAAAUAGCUGUGAUGCUAGAAAAUGUCCUCCCCUUUUCAAGUUCAGACACAACUCUUAAAAGGGAAUUAGUUCUGAAACACUGAUGUUCAGUGUUGCUGAUUCUGCCCAGGAAGCAGGCAGGGCUGCUUCUCCGUUUGCGUUGGGUUUGAGUGCAUAGAUAUUCAUUACCUUUCCGUGCUUGGUUAAAGGCCUUGGUCUGUGCUUUGUUGCUUUGUGGUAGUCCUCAACAUACACCCCUUGCUUCUUCCUAGGCUUCACACCACCACCUUCUGAUCCUUCUCCCAGCAUCCUGGCUUCUUCUCACCUCUGUUCUGUGAGAACUGGGCCUUCUCCAUGUCUUAUUUUUGGUUGCAACUGUUAAGAGUAUGUUAUUUAGUAAGAAUUUUUAAAUCUCUCUCUAUAAAUCUCAUUAGUUUGGUCCUAGCCCGCCUCCUUCCAAAUGGGGCUAGGAUUUAUCAGAGAAUCCUGCUAGCAGAUGCUGUGGGGAGGCCAUUUCCCCUUAUUUCUCUUUAUAACGCCUCACACACUGCUCUGGAGCCAAUUUUGUGGGGGCAAAGGGGACAGCAGGGGGAAUAGGUACAAUCACCAUGAGUUUCCCCCCAACAUGGCAGGAGUAUCUUGUGAGUAGGAUUCUACUUGGGGUUGCUCUUGUUUGGCAUUCUAGUCUAUAUCUCUUUCUAAUUUGGUGAAUCCAUCCUGAGUCUUCAGAGUAGUACUGUGAUAUCCUAUCAAAGCCAGUUAAUAAACUCUUGACCCUGGAUGGCUUUGAGAACAGUUGUUACUGGGCACAUCAGAUCUCCAGAUUCAGUUCAGUCAGUCCCCACUUAUAAGACUGCAGGAAUGCAGGGUAGGUGACAGCCUCUGGAAUGGCUCACCCCAGUUAGAAUAUCCUCUGGAAGCAGGGCUUCCCUUCUUGGGGGCUGCAUCUAAUUCUGCACCAAGAGAAUUUGCAUUUGAUUAAAUUUUACUGUGUGACAUAAACCCUUUCUUGACUUCAGCAUUUGAAAUUUUGUCAGAAUGCAGGGUGUUUGAGAAGAGACUCAGGGGUGUCAUUGGAAUAAGUAGUGGGGUGGUUGUGGAGGGGUUGUGGGACAGGGAACUGGGUGUGGUAUUGGAAACCGCGCCAGAUAGACAACCACGUAGCUAUUGGCUGUUGAGGUGAGUUUUUAGGAAACUGUGUCUCUUGGUCAGGACUACCUGGUUCUGAGCAUUUAGCCCUGUCCCAGGCUGUGCAUUGGACUACAUCACUGGGUUUCGUCUGUGUCUGAGACGGGUGUCACCUCAGCAUUAAUUACAUUUAUCUAAGUUCAAGAGAAGAAUAAAAGUGAGUGGGGCGAGGAGGAAAGAUAAAUGUUAGUUUAGUUUAUUCAGCUAAUAGAUUGCUUUACUCAGCCAAAAGAAAAGAAGUCUCUGUGUUAAUUACAGAGACAGUAACACACAAAAUACAAUACUUUUAAAAGCAAUGCAGAUGCACUAUAAUGUGCAUCUACAACAUCAGCAGCAACAUAAAAUAACCACCCCAUCCACAUAAAAAUGUAUACAAACAAGCACACACAAACACAGCCACUAUUAAUGCUGCUGAAACGUCCAGGGGAAUAAAAAUGUCUGCCUGGUGCUGGAAGGAUGACAGAAAAGGGCUAUUUUCUCAUUGCCACCCUCCAGAUAUCUCUUAAAAGAGGCACACAAAGAAUAGGAGAAUGUACAGGCUUUUUAAAAGAAGUUAGUCAUAUGUUGCCGGUGGAGGUUGGUCUGAAAAAGUUGAAGGGCACGGGUAUAGAUGAUCUUACAGUAAAAUGACACUUGAAUUAUUUGCUCUUCCAGGUGCCUGGUGUUGAGGACCAGACAGCCUUGUCCUUGGAGGAGUGCCUUAGGCUGCUGGAGGCCACGUUUCCCUUUGGGGAGAAUUCGGAGGUGGGUCAAUGAUGGCCCUUGGGAAAGGGAAGAUUUAACUGCUUAGUAGUAACAGCAUAUGGCAUUUCUAUAGACGCAUUCAGUGUAAAAAAUGGACUUGGACAAUCUUUAUCUCAUGCCCUUGCCAUAACCUUGUGAGGCUGUGAAUUCUUCCAAAUGAAGAGAAAAGCUUGUUCUUGUUCCAGGCACAAGGCCAGGUAGAUUAGCAGGAAAGAAGUGGCGAGAAUGCCACCCCUCCCCGCCCCUGCAAGUGCUUUAAAGCCCCUAAUACUGUGGUUGCAGGGAACCUUGGGAGUGGGGGAUGGCUGUUACAGUCUGUAUCAGAAGUUCAUGCAGAGAGGAAGCGGGAGUAAUGAUUUGUUGCUGACAUGACGCUUCACUGCCACAUGCCUACCAUGACUGAAAGGUGUUUUGCUUUCAGUUUCCAGCUGCAGAUGCCCCCAGCCUAACUGAAGUUCUGCCGAGUGAGAGCGGGCCUUCCACUGUGCCAGACGGGCUUCUGUCUCCCCUACUAACAGGGACAGAGUUGCCCUUCGACCUGGAGCAGCAGUGGCAGGACCUCAUGUCUAUAAUGGAAACGCAGGUGAGGAAGGCUGGCUUCUACCCUUGUUUAUUUUUCUAGGUCCUCCUCUGCUUUCUCUUCAGGUGGGUUUACCAUGCCACUGUUUAGUGUUUUGCUAGGUUUCAGGCAAAUGUGAAGGUUGUUAAUAUCUCUGUUUUGUGAAUUUCUCCUUCUGUAGAAGAAUGAUCUUUCUGCUGCUGCUGCAACCAUCUUUCCUAUAACAAUAGGCAGGAGCCUAGAAGAAUGUGCAGCAAAUGGGAAACCAGAGCUGCAGUUAGGUGACCAUCUAGUUCAAGAGUCGUCAAAAGCAGUGCACACACUGUACCAAGUGACUGCCUGCAACGUAGCAGGGCAGCGGUCCCCUGGGAAGGGCCAAACAAAAGACACCUCUCUCUUCAGGGUCGUAAUAAGCCACUACAACUUGGGGACAGUUCUUUCCCACCCUUAAAACAAUAUAGCAUCCCUGUCACAGGAUGCAUGCAGCCUAUUCAUUAUCCUUGCUGGGGAAAUGUUUUGCCUCUCUGCAUACCAGGUAUUGAUUUUUAAAAAAAAUAAAUAAAUUCCUCCACAAAUUGCACAGCCACUGCUCCUGACCCUGGUUUUUUCACCUCUGGGCUGCCAGAUUGGUGGUCAGAUGACACUCUUCAGGUGGCCUGAUUUUGUCUAAGAACAAUCAGUUUCUGAAUGUUUGUCUGCUGUCUGCUUCCUAUAUUAGACAAAAAGAUUUAUCAGUGGCGUGUCUCAGAUAGGAGCCAUUUCCGUCCCCCUCCUGGACCCACCCCAAUAACUAGGUAGCAAGCUACAGAGGAGUAUUGAGUAAUGCAGGAUGCAGACCUGGCUUUGGUAGAUAGGGCACAGUUGCUAGCAAGCAUGCUGCAUUGUUAUGCAAGUUCCUGAUUUGUUGCAAACAGAAACCCGUGUCCCAGUUCUCCACACAUGCAAGUGGAAGGGAAGUGAGUUCCCUUCAUGCUAACGUAAACUUCUGAAUGAUUGGGUCUUUGGUUUUCUUUGCUCUCUCACAGGGUCCUCUUUGAAGGACUUGUUUUGUGUACCCGUUUAUUCAAGUUGUGUUCUAGGAGGAAAAUAGAGACACCUAGAGUCUGAAAAGUUUAUCUUUCCCCUUUUCAGGGUAUGGAGGUGAACAGCACAGCAGCUGCAGGGACCCUGUACGAUAGCACAGGUGGAGACAUUCUGAAUGCCAACUACAGCCUUGCUCCAUCCACCCCAAUCAACCAGAAUGUCAGCCUGCAUCAGGCGUCACUGGGCAGCUGUACACAAGACUUUGCUUCCUUGUUCAGCUCUGAGAUGGAGAACCUCUCAGUAGCUGGCAGCUCAGCUUUGUUGCAGCUGGUUCCUGACAACUCCACUGGCUUCAACACCACAUUUGGCUCUACCAACCUGAGUGGGAUCUUCUUCCCUCCCCAGUUAAAUGGCACUGUAAACGAAACAUCUGGGCCUGAGCUGCCAGAUCCUCUUGGGGGACUCCUUGAUGAAGCCAUGCUAGAUGAGAUUAGCUUGAUGGACUUGGCCACUGAAGAAGGCUUCAACCCAGUGCAGGCUUCCCGCCUGGAGGAAGAAUUUGAUUCCGACUCGGGGCUCUCCUUGGACUCGAGCCACAGUCCUGCUUCUCUCAGCAGCUCAGAAGCAUCGUCAUCAUCAUCUUCAGCUUCCUCCUCCUUUUCUGAGGAAGGUGCUGUGGGCUACAACUCGGACUCUGAAAAUGUGGACGUUGAAGAUGCAGAAGGGGCAGUUGGGUACCAGCCAGAGUACAGCAAGUUUUGUCGUAUGAGCUACCAGAACCCUUCUCAGCUGCAAUAUCUGCCUUAUCUGGAGCAUGUAGGUCACAAUCACACCUACAACAUGGCCCCCAGGACCUUAGACACUGAUGAGCCCCAGCCAGCCACCAUGGGGAAGAAGAGUGCCAAGGAUAAACAGGCAGACUUCUUGGAUAAGCAGAUGAGCCGAGAUGAGCACCGGGCCCGAGCCAUGAAGAUCCCUUUCCCCAACGAGAAGAUCAUCAACUUGCCUGUAGAAGAAUUCAAUGAACUCCUGUCCAAGUACCAACUGAGUGAGGCCCAGCUGAGCUUAAUCCGGGACAUCCGGAGACGGGGCAAGAACAAGAUGGCUGCCCAGAACUGUCGUAAGAGAAAGCUGGACACUAUCCUCAACUUGGAACGGGAUGUAGAGGAUUUGCAGAGAGACAAGUCAAAGCUGCUCAGGGAGAAGGUGGAGUUUCUCAGGUCCAUUCGCCAGAUGAAGCAAAAGGUGCAGAACCUCUAUCAGGAGGUAUUUGGCCGCCUGCGUGAUGAGAAUGGCCAGCCCUACUCCCCGAAUCAGUAUGCCCUACAGUACGCCAGUAAUGGUAGUGUUAUCCUAAUACCACGCUCCUUGGCUGACCAGCAGGGCAGACGUCAAGAGAGGAAACAGAAAGACAGGAGGAAGUGA